AAAGGAAAGGAAACAGAAAAUAGAAAAAGGGAAAACCAAAAUCUCGUUUCUUUUAUUUUCUGUGUUCGUCUUCCAGAUCUCAGAUUCAAGCUCGAUCUCCGUUUCGAUUGCGCACUCCUCCCGAUUCGAUCCGAGUUCAUCAGCAUUCACGCCUUCGAUGCGCUGAAUUUUCGUGAACGGCUUGGAAUUAGGAUCAGUUUGCGUCGGCAGAGCAUUUCGAUCCGUCACGGAGGAGUACGUCCUAGGGUUUUGGCUUGGUGAAUCCGGUGGAAUUGGGAGAGAUUAAAGCGGCAGAGAUAAGCGCAGAUGGAGCAGCUGAAGACGAUCGGGAGGGAGCUGGCGAUGGGCUCCCAGGGCGGCGCGUGGGCGGGCCAGUCCAAGGAGUUUCUGGACCUGGUGAAGUCGAUCGGAGAGGCGCGCUCCAAGGCGGAAGAGGACCGCAUCAUCCUGCGGGAGAUCGAGUCCCUUCGACGCAGGAUCGCCGAGCCCGACGUGCCGCGACGCAGGAUGAAGGAUUAUAUUAUUCGCCUCGUCUACGCCGAGAUGCUUGGCCAUGACGCCUCCUUUGGCUACAUCCACGCUGUCAAGAUGACCCACGACGAUUCCCUCCCUCUCAAGCGUACCGGCUACCUCGCCGUCACCCUAUUCCUCAACGACGAUCAUGAUCUGAUCAUACUAAUCAUCAAUACUAUCCAGAAGGACCUCCGUUCGGAUAACUAUCUGGUUGUCUGCGCUGCCCUCACUGCCGCCUGCAAGCUCAUCAACGAGGAGACUAUCCCUGCUGUUCUUCCUCAGGUGGUUGACCUCCUUGCACAUCCAAAGGAAACCGUGCGCAAGAAGGCCGUGAUGACACUCCAUCGCUUCUACCAACGUUCACCCGCCUCCGUGUCCCACCUCAUUUCCAACUUCAGAAAGAGGUUGUGUGAUAGUGAUCCUGGAGUGAUGGGCGCAACACUUUGCCCUCUUUUUGAUCUCAUCACUGAAGAUGUAAAUUCAUACAAGGAUCUCGUCGCCAGCUUUGCCAGCAUUCUUAAGCAGGUAGCUGAGAGAAAACUUCCAAAGACAUAUGAUUAUCAUCAAAUGCCUGCUCCAUUUAUUCAGAUAAAACUACUAAAGAUUCUUGCAUUACUCGGUAGUGGUGAUAAGCAAGCAAGUGGCCAAGUUUAUAACGUACUUAGUGACUUAUUCAGGAAAUGUGAAACAUCAAGCAACAUUGGAAAUGCUGUGCUAUACGAAUGUAUAUGUUGUGUCUCAUCCAUCUAUCCAAAUGUUAAAUUGAUGGAUGCUGCUAUAGAAGCCACUUCCAAGUUUUUGAAGAGUGAUAGUCAUAACCUCAAAUACAUGGGCAUUGACGCACUUGGAAGACUUAUUAAAAUAAAUCCAGAUAUUGCUGAAGAACACCAACUUGCUGUUAUUGAUUGCUUAGAGGAUCCUGAUGAUACCUUAAAGCGCAAGACCUUUGAAUUACUCUAUAAAAUGACAAAGUCCUCAAAUGUCGAAGUAAUAGUUGAACGUAUGAUUGAUUAUUUGAUAAGCAUCGAUGAUAAUCACUACAAGGCAGAUAUUGCAUCACGUUGUGUUGAGCUUGCUGAACAAUUUGCACCAAGCAACCAAUGGUUUAUCCAAACAAUGAAUAAGGUCUUUGAGCAUGCAGGCGAUCUUGUUAAUUCUAGAGUUGCACAUAAUUUAAUGCGACUUAUUGCUGAAGGAUUUGGAGAGGAUGAUGAAGGUGCUGACAGUCAACUUAGAUCCUCUGCAGUUGAUUCUUACUUGCGCAUUCUUGGGGAACCAAAGCUUCCUUCUUUGUUUUUGCAGGUCAUAUGCUGGGUUCUUGGAGAAUAUGGAACUGCAGAUGGGAAAUACACUGCUGCUUAUAUAAUUGGAAAGUUAUGCGAUGUUACUGAGGCGCAUUUAUGCAACGAUACAGUCAAGGCUUAUGCAAUAUCAGCAAUCAUGAAGAUUUGUGCAUUUGAGAUUGCUGCAGGAAGAAAAGUGGAAAUGUUGCCUGAGUGUCAGUCCUUCCUUGAUGAACUAUCUGCAUCACAUUCGACAGACUUACAGCAACGUGCUUAUGAGCUACAAGCAUUGUUGUGUUUAGAUAGUCAAGCAGCUGGAAAUGUCAUGCCACUUGACGCAAGCUGUGAAGAUGUUGAGAUUGAUAAGGAUCUUUCGUUCCUGAUCAAUUUUGUUCAACAAUCCAUUGAGAAGGGAGCAAAUCCAUACCUUCCCGAGAGUGAACGACUAGGCAUGUCUGGUGUAAGCAACUUUAGUAGUCCAUACCAGCAAGAAGCUUCCAGUCAUUCACUUAGAUUUGAAGCAUAUGAGCUUCCGAAACCAUCUUCUAUACCUGUUAUUCCUCAACCAUUCAUUUCAACUUCAACUACAGAUCUUGUUCUAGUGCCUGAUACUACUUAUUACAGAGAAAACAAUCAAGCUUCUAAGCUAAUUGUUGGCCCUGAAGCCUCUUCUGCAGAUGCUGGAAUUAAGCUUCGACUUGAUGGUGUUCAGAAGAAGUGGGGUAAACCUACAUAUUCAUCUUCUUCGUCUAUCACUACCUCAGUGGAGAAGACAACAAAUGGAGUCGUGGCACAUCAGGAUGGCAUCAGGUCUCAUUCACGAGAUACCACAUAUGAUUCAAGGAGACAACAGCCUGAAGUUUCGGUAGAAAAACAAAGGUUAGCAGCAUCACUUUUUGGUGCUUCAGCCAGUAAAACUGAGAAGAAGGCAACAAUGGCCCAGAAGGCACCCAAAGGAAAUUCUACAAACGCUGAGAAAUCCAGCGUGGUCAGAUCUGUCAGUCCUGGAACUUCCAAGGAUAAAACUGCCCCUCCUCCUGAUCUCCUUGAUUUCGGGGAACCAGUCCCUACAAGUGCACCAACUAUUGAUCCCUUCAAAGAGUUGGAAGGACUUAUAGAACCAGCUUCAGCACUGGGCCCGCUCUAUAAUACCGUCAAAACUGGUGGUGACAAAGCACAGGAUCUGAUGGCACUGCACAUGGAUACGCCACCAAGUGUAUCCAGGACUUCUCUCAGUUUGGCUUCUGAAGGCACCUAUUCUACCGAUAAGAGUUCAUACACGGAGAAACCCAUGAUAGCAGUUAAAAAGGGUCCAAAUCUACAAGAUGCAUUGCACAAGGAUGCAACCGCCAGGCAGGUCGGUGUGACACCCACUGGAAAUAACCCCAACUUGUUCAGAGACUUGUUGGGCUGAAAAGUGCAGUGUGGUUUCACAUCUUAGUUCAUUAUACAAUCUCAAGAAGAACCCCGGGUUCCAUGGUCGUGGUAUCUUUGGUGGAUUAUUUCACACAUACAACGAGAGAGUUGAUGAUUUGCUUGCUUACAUUGGUUCGAUCUAGACAAAAGUGCAUUUUCAAGGCUCAUUGAGUAAAUCUAAAAGGGAUUUUUUUUUUCUCUUUUUGAGGUGAAAAAUAGGACUUCCUCAAACAAGGUGUAUAACAUGGUUGGCCAAUUUGUAGAUGUGCUUUAGUUCUAUCUGUAGAGAAGAAGACGCUCAAACAUGCGGGCAAAAAGGAAGCCAUCAUUCAUCCACUUAUUGCGUUUGUUGCUUCUCCGGCGAGAAUUGCUCGACUGGUAUUUUUUUUUUUUGUACUUUUUAAUCCGUUGUAUUUUCUAUAAUAGAAUUUAAGAUUUAUUCCUGGACUUUUUUUUCUUCUGUUGGUUUUGUGGAAGCACAAUCUCUAGUGUAUUUCUUACAUGGCGAGCUUA